AACUAUUUUUUCAGUUCUAGUUAUGAAUUGAAACCAAAAGUGUAAUAUAUAAAAUAAAAAGUUCUCUAUCGGUUCAUUAACUGAGUGCUAGUUUAUCUUUGCGCUAAUAAGGUUGUAUAAAAGUGCAACUAUCUCCGUGACUGCUGACAUUGAAAUUUCAGGAAAACAUAAGGUGGCGUGGUAGCCGUAACAAAUGUGGCUGCAGCCUGGCUGACCAAUGGCGGGCAAGGUGCUGCGAGCCAUCACAAGACGGAAGGUGUUCCAGCCCGAACAACUCGAAGCUGGCAACUUGAGGAGAUGCCUGAGUGUUUGGGACCUAACAUCGCUGGGCAUAAGCGCCACGUUAGGAGUGGGCAUCUACUACCUGGUGGGCUCUGUGGCGCUGGACAUUGCUGGACCAUCGGUCGUGCUCUCGUUUUUCAUCGCUGCCGUUGCAUCUCUGUUUGCAGGACUAUGCUACUCGGAGUUCGGAGCGCGCGUACCGCGCGCGGGUUCGGCCUACAUCUACACGUAUGUGACCGUAGGAGAACUGAUCGCCUUCAUCAUUGGAUGGAACAUGAUACUUGAAGCCUUGUUCGGCGCAGCGAGCGUGGCACGCGGUCUCAGCCUCUACGUAGAUCUUAUGGCAGGCAAAGCCAUGUCGGAGUGGUUCACGGCCGUCGCCCCAUUACACUGGAAUCUGUUGGCGACGUACUUUGACUUCUUUGCGUUUGGGAUUGUCAUCGCUUUUGGAGUGCUCCUGGCAUUCGGGGUCCGCGAGUCGGCCACAGUGAACAACGUGUUUGCCAUACUUAACAUGAUCGUCAUUAUUUUCAUCGUCAUAGCCGGCUCUUUCACUGCUGAUGCAAACAACUGGUUUAUCCCUGAGUCGUCCGUCCCGCCCUCGUUUGGCACGGGGGGUUUCUUCCCCUUCGGCGUGUGGGGCACGCUGCGGGGCGCCGCCGUUUGCUUCUACGGCUUCGUGGGGUUUGACAGCAUUAAUGCUACUAGUGAAGAGGUGGAGAAUCCUCGUCGCUCGAUCCCGCAUGCCAUCCUCCUUACGUUGUUGGUGGUGUUCCUGUGCUAUGCCAGCGUAGCCAUUGUGGUCACAAUGAUGGUGCCCUACUAUUUACACGACUCAUUGGCGUCAGUGGCGACGGCGUUUACAUAUGUGGGCUGGGAUUGGGGGCGGUGGGUGGUGCUGGUCGGCGCCAUCUUUGGUAUUUCGGCCAGUUUGUACGGGUCGAUAUUCCCUCUGCCGCGACUGCUGUACGCAAUGGCGUCUGAUGGACUGUUCUUCCACUGGUUCGCGAGGAUCAGCAAGAACAAGAAAUCACCGGUCAUCGGAACACUUGUACCGUCUAUUGUCAUAGCUUUAUUGGCCGGCCUGCUAGGACUGCACGCACUGGUCAUGAUGAUGUGUGUGGGUACCCUGUUGUCUUAUACCAUUGUCGCUGCAUGUAUUGUAAUACUCAGAUACCGUUCGGAAAAGAUAGCAACUGGAUCGAAAGGCAUUGUGAAGCAGAUGUUCUACUGCGGAAGUCGAGAAGCCACGGAAAGCAGCUCUCGGCUGGUUAACAUUGUGCUCAGUUUAUAUAUAUUCAUGUGCGUGAUCGCCGUACUGGUAACAGUGCACAUCGACACCAGUAUAGUCUGGUAUAUCCUGCUGCAUGUGGUCGUCUUGAUGCUACUGAUUGUGAUGAUGAUGCAGCCGCAGGCCAAGGAGAAAGUGUCGUUUAUGACUCCUCUAGUUCCAGUGAUCCCGUGCUUCAGCAUCUACAUCAACAUCUGCCUCAUGGUGUUGAUCAACGUGCAAACCUGGAUUCGCGUCGCAGUCUGGGUUGUGUUAGGUAUAAUAGUUUAUUUUAUCUGCGUGUGUUGCUACAAGCGGCACGAGAACAAAGACACGCACACACACAAGAACGGGAAACCUCCUGUUCAGAUCAUCAUAGAGUCCCCAACCCCUCCUGAUACUAUCGCUGGAAGUAGUACCAAAAGAGGCGAGGGCAUUCACAGUGAACAAGAAAUGAGCGAAAUAAGACCUGCUAGCCCCAUUGAAUUCAAAGAGAAAGUUGUAAGAAAUGUCAUUCAAGAGGAGGUGAUAAUUCAACAAGCGGCUAUUAUAGAAAAUAGCGAUGAAAAAGAAGCUAACAUAAUCGAUUUACUAGAUCAAGUAUUACAAGCAGAAGAAGACACGUACAGUGUGAAAGGAAUAGAUAAUUACGGAGAAAUUAUGGAAAAGGAAGAUGAUGUAAUAAUAGUUUCAACGUCACCAGAAUGCAUACCGCAUAGAAAGAGUUUAAGUGAGUUGUCGGAUGCCGGUUCAGACGCAUCGUUGGGUAAUCAAGUGUUAUCUAAAUAUGAUGUGAUAGCGCAAGUCCAUAGAGAGGACCUACCAAAGUUAAGUGAAGAAGAUGAUCACAACGUUCAAGUUCUGAACGAAGAAAAUGAACAUGAACAAGUUACCGCUUUCAAUGACAGCGAUACUAAUUCUCAGACUGAUGAGUCUGGGUAUUCAGACACUAUCGAUAGGACGGCUUUAACGGAGUCUGUCGAGGAAAUCAAAGAAGAUAUUCCUAACAUUCCCGAGCCACCACCUUACGAUGAAAAUUUUUUCAUGAGCCCUAAUUUUAAGAAAGCAUAUACAAUUUCAUCUAGACCUAAUAAACCGAAACAAGUAUCAGAUCAAGAAGAGGAGAAGCAUAGGGAAAGCAUUAAAUCUAACAGCUCCCAGGAUGACACGACAAUUACUUUCGGUAGUGACCGUCAGGUUAAUUUCAUGUCUAAGCUGUCGCAAAUAUAUCAAACUAAAAUAGCAGACCAUGAAGAAGAACAAACUAUUAAACCAGGCAGACGGUCGCAUUCUACUGGCAAUGUGAUAGAGAAUACUGAAUACAAUAUUAUCAAUCGUGAACGUCCGCAGAUUUUCCUAGAUAUGAAAAAGGAAUUAUUGGCACGGGAUGCUUCAAAUUUAAGACCAGUAAAUAAAGAAGAACAAGAGGCUGAAGAGCCUGAGAGUGAAGAAGAAAUGAGCAUGAGUAGAGCAGAUUUGAAGAGCAAAUUGGAGAACAUAUUUGCCACUGGUGGUCCUAUGCUUCUAAAGCCAAGGCUGAUGAAGUCAAAUCCACCCACUCCAGAAGAGUCCUACCAAACAGAUGCCUCAAGUACGGAAAGUAUAGCCAAAAUUCCCAAAAUUGACAAAAAUGAUACCAUAGGAAGGCAGAGGGCCAGAUUUGGUGAAGUGCUCAACUCUUUUCGGUUAAGUUUGAACAAAGACGAUCACGUGUGAGUGUUAAACUAUUUUCUUAAUGAGAUUAUCAGAAUGACUCCGAUAAAUGUGCUUGCAAGUGGUUUAUCUGCAUUUGGGUAUUAUAAACCUAGUCGUAUGUUUAAGUGCCUUAUUUAUGUAUUUUUCAAUAAGUGUUCUAUUAAAAAAUUACGAAUUUAGAAAUAAUAAAUGUAUUAUUAUUAUUUU